UCCGGGCUAGCACUGCCCCUGGCACUGGCCCUGGGACCGGUUCCCCCCUCCCGGCUCCUUGCGCAGGCAGAGGCGGGCUGUGAGGGCCCGUGUGCUCGUGUUCGGCUCCCCUCAGCUGAAGAAAGUUGUGGAGUAAAUUCGACGCUGCCUGACCGCACGGUAAUGCCCGCCCAUACUCCAGGAAGCGGAAUUUGCUGAUUAGUUACCGAACAAUGUUUGUGCCCAGGUCUCUGAAAGUGAAGAGGGCCGAGGAAAGCACCGAGCAGGCGGCCAAGAGGAGCAAGACCCAAGAUGCUGACCUCAAACCGGUCGAAGAGCUUCACACCCCAGCGGGUGAGGCUGAAGGGGAUGUAGAGGAGCCGGGAGCCGGGGAGAGUGGCGAGGAGGAGCCGGUGAAGGCCCUGAGGCGCAGCCAGCGGUGGCCGGAGCCGGGGGAGCCGGCCUGCUCCAUGUGCGGCCGCUACGGGGAGUACAUCUGCGACCAGACGGACACCGACGUCUGCAGCCUGGAGUGCAAGGCCGAGCACCUGCGGCAACUGGGGCUGGGGGGCACGGGUUCCCCACCGCUGGAGCCGGAGCCGGGCCAGCAGGCGGAUGGGCUGAGCGGCCACUACCGGGAGCACCCGAUUGUCUCUGGCCUGUCGGACGAGCAGGUGGAGGCCCUGCAGCAGCAGCUGGGCAUCGUGGUGCAGGGCCCAGCCCUCAGGCCCGUGCUGGAGUUUGACCACUGCGGCUUCCCCGCCACCCUGGGCCGCAGCCUGCAGCGGCUGGGCUACCACUGCCCCACCCCCGUGCAGAUGCAGGUGCUGCCGCAGGGGCUGGCCGGCAAGGACGUGCUGGCCACCGCCGACACCGGCUCCGGCAAGACGGCCGCCUUCCUGCUGCCGGUCACCAUGGCGGCGCUGCAGGAGAUGCAAGAUUCGCCGCGGCUGCCCGUGGGGCUGAUACUGACACCGACCCGUGAGCUUGCCAUUCAGAUUGAGCGGCAGGCCAAGGAGCUGAUGCAGGGUCUACCCAACAUGCGGACCGCACUGCUGGUGGGGGGGAUGCCCUUACCCCCACAGCUACAUCGGCUGGAGCAAAACAUCAAGGUGAUAAUUGCCACCCCUGGGCGUCUGCUGGAUAUUCUAAAGCAAGAGGCCGUCAGCCUGAGCGGACUGCGUAUUGUGGUGGUUGACGAGGUCGAUACAAUGUUGAAGAUGGGUUUCCAGCAGCAGGUGUUGGAUAUCUUGGAGCAGACGCCCGAGGAGCAUCAAACGAUUCUUGUCUCCGCCACGAUCCCAGCAGGCAUCCAGCAGCUGGCCAGCCAUUUCCUGCAGGACCCGGUCAAGAUCACAGUGGGAGAGAUGAACCAGCCUUGCUCGAAUGUUCGCCAGAUCAUUCUGUGGGUGGAGGAACCGUCCAAGAAGAAGAAGCUGUUCGAGAUUCUGAAUGACGGCAAGCUCUACCACCCCCCGGUGCUGGUGUUUGUGGACUGCAAGCUGGGGGCUGACCUGCUGUCCAACGCGGUGCAGACCAUCACCGGCCUGAAGUCGGUGUCCAUGCACUCAGACAAGGCCCAGUGUGACCGCAACCAGAUUCUGCAGGGUCUGCUUCAAGGAGACCAUGAGGUUGUGGUCAGCACAGGGGUUCUUGGCAGAGGGCUCGAUCUUGUCAACGUCAGACUGGUUGUGAACUUCGACAUGCCACGCACCAUGGAUGAGUACGUUCACCAGGUGGGGAGAGCCGGCCGCUUGGGCCACCGCGGGACGGCCAUCACCUUAGUGAACAACGGCAGCAGCCGGCAUUUCCUGGAGCUGGUGAAGAGGGUGAAGCCAACCGGCACUCUGCUGCCCCCGCAGCUGCUCAACUCGCCGUACCUGGUGGAGCAGCAGCGCCGGGAGCAGCGGCGGAACAAGCAGCAGGCCCAGCAGGACCUGGUGGCCGGUGACAGUCUGCUCGACAUCAUCAGGAAGCACGACCGCAGCGUGCUGCAGAAGCGGUAGUCCCGCGUGACUGCCGGCCCCGCUCUGCGGCACCCACACCCGCUGCACUCCACUCCCUCCAGUCUCCUCCGCCCUCGGCUUGCAUUGAACUGUCAAAUGGAGCGGGAGGUGAACAGGAUGUGGGAGCUGGACAGAUGCUUCAUUGAACU